GAAUCUUGAUGGAAGUAGUUUCAGUUCAAUUUCAGAUCAGUUUAGUUCGGUUUCAGAUCGAUUCGGAUUGUUUCUCUGGAAAUUCUAGAGUUCGAAUUAAAAGUUUUAAAUGAGUUCAAGGAUCUCUUGAUUUAUAAAUUUAAAUCAACUUUAAGUCAAUUUCGAUUAAUUUUAAAUAAUUUUAGAUAGUUUUGUUUUCUCAUUCAUAUUUUGCAAGGAAUAAUACAACGAUUAUAUUAUUGAGAAAAAGAAGUAGACAUUUUUCUUCUGUCACAUACGAACACGGCACUGAAAAAAUAAUAGCAAUAAUGUCUGUGAACGUACAUGCCUCGCACACGGAAAAGGAAUUAGAUUUAAGUAACGCUGGCCGCGGUGUGUGGCUCGUCAAAGUACCUAAGUACAUAGCUAACAAGUGGGAAAAGGCACCUGGCAAUAUAGAAGUCGGCAAGUUGAAAAUCACUAAACAUCCUGGACAGAAAGCUGAAGUAUCUCUCAAGUUAUCGGAAGCUGUCCUAGCUUUGAAAGAGCCUGGAGAAGGAGAAAUACCAAAACAACAUAGGUUAGAUGUCACAACAGUUACCAGACAAAUGCUAGGAGUAUUUUCUCAUGUUGCCCGUAAGUUUAAUGAAAUUUCUAAAUUUAAUACAUUUUCAGCAAUACUUAUUGAUUUUACAGCCACUGCAAGCUCAGAUGCAAUUAUUCCAGAAACAGAAAAACUCUUUAUGGAAGGAAGAAUUGUACAAAAAUUAGAAUGCAGACCAUAUGCUGAUAAUUGUUACAUGAAGUUGAAAUUAGAAAGUAUCAAGAGAGCUUCAGUGCCACAAAGACAAGUCCAACAAUUAGAUAGAGUUGUGCAAAACUUCAAGCCUGUGUCUGACCACAAACACAAUAUUGAGUAUGCGGAAAAGAAGAAAGCAGAAGGAAAGAAAAUGAGAGAUGACAAGGAUGCUGUACUAGAUAUGCUUUUUGCAGCAUUUGAAAAACAUCAGUAUUAUAAUAUAAGGGACCUCGUAAAAAUCACAAGGCAACCUAUUGUUUAUCUUAAAGAAAUACUCAAUGAAGUUUGUAAUUAUAAUUUGAAAAAUCCUCACAGAAACAUGUGGGAAUUGAAACCAGAAUAUCGACAUUAUAAAGAAGAUGAAAAAUCUGUAGAGAGCACUUCGAAGAAAGGCAAUGAUUCAGAAGAUGACUGACUAUUUCUUAAUUAUUUGUAUAUACAUAUUUCUGUAUAUGUUUAUUUAUUAUUUUAAGUAAAUUUUAUCGAGAUUCUUAUAAUAUAGUUGCUGUACAAAAAA